UCGUGUUUCGUUCGACGGAUGAUAAGUAAAGAGCUCUUUUGGGCAAACGCGCUGCUAGUACAGCUGAGUUAUUUUGAUUGAGUGGAUUUGAAGUUAAUGAUUCGUUCAUUUUUGCCGGAAUCUUAUUAAAAUUGCUUGUGAGGUGAUAAACGAAAAUUAAAAAUACAUACACAAUUUUCUGAGUUCAAAAAAAUAAAUAAAGUCCAUUUGCUAUUGAACAAAAGUUGUAGCAAUAAAAGUUUACAGAAACGAUAAAAAAAAAAAAAUAAAAAAAUUACCAUUGGAGCUAAAAAGGAUACAAAACUAAUUUAGUGCAUUUUAUUGGUGUUCAAUUACUAUACAUUAGCGAAAUAAUACUCUUAAACUCAGAUAAAACAAAAAUACAAAAUAAAUUAUUCAACCAGAUUGAUGCUGUGGAUUGUGCAAACCUAGGGACUAUACAAUUAAAUUUGGAUAAAUAUUAAAUGAAAUAUAUUUUUCCUACGACUGGUGUCCACUCAAGAGACUUGUGAAAACCGCCAAAUUUGAACUAACCUCCCACUAAAAUUUGCAUAUACAUAAACAUACGCACACACACAUCCAUAUAUAUUGUAUAUAACGUAUAAAGUGUCAACAUAAGCACCCAUACAACGAACGUAGAUCUACGAACAGCAUUACAAAGCAUGGGCGAACUGGAAGAGAAGGAGACCGGACCAUCAGAAACCACACCGCAACAAGAGGUAGUCAACGAACCCAAAGAGACCGAUAAAAUGCUAGACAAAAAGGAUGAAUCUGAUACGGCUGAGCAGCAAAUAGAAAAUACGGUAGCAAAGGUUAAAAAUUCAAGUAUCAACGCUGAAAAGAAAAAAGCGGCCACCUCCAAACCGACAACACCAACUUCUUUGAGCGGUAAAAAAUCGCCUGCCCAAUCUGUUGAUCAAAUUGCUAUCGCCGGUGCUGAGGAAGCGCAACCGGCAAAAGCAAAUGGUGGCAGCACUGAAGAGAUCAUUGACAUUCCCGAAACUGUUAAAACUGAAGAGGGCGAUGAGAAGAAGAUGUCCACUGAAGAUCGUGAAGUAAAACCGAAGAAGAUACCGAUUGGUGGUUUAAAAUUGCCGGGUUUCUUUAUGAAAAAUAAACCCAAACCCGAUGGUGAUGGUGCUGAUGGUGAGCUUCUAGAAAGGGAAAAUAAGGACGAAGUGCCUGCCGGUGCUGCUACCCAAGAAGCGGGCAAACCCAAGAAGGAAGAGAAACUACGUAUUAGUUUUGGUGAACGUUUGCGCAACUUUUUCGUACGUAAGCCGGCCGCCGAAAAGCAACAAACCAAACAAGCAGCCAACGGAGAUGCCGAUGCAAAGAGUGAGGCCACAGCUGAGGCAGCAGCAGUUGACGGUGAGGCUAACAACACAGCCAACCCCUCAGAUGCACCGCCACAGAAACGAGGCCUUUUGAAUGCUAUCAAGCUGCCAAUUGCAAACAUGAUACCGAGAAAGAAGAUAGAUGACGAUGUGGAGCUGGGCAUGGGUAAGGCUGGUCUGGCUUCGAUGGAAACACUCGAUGAUUCAUUGAAAGAUCAAGAUUGCGUUGAUAAGGCGCCCGCCAAAAACAAUGGCACCGAUGAGAUUACGAAACUGAAGAAAUCGCCAAGUGGUGAAAUCAACCAAGCUUCGCCGGAAGAGAAAUCGGCCGAAGAACCACAGGUUCCCAUGUCCUUAGCCGACCGUUUGCGUUCGUACCGCUGCUCUGCGGAUGAUGGCCUCAUCGUGCUAGGUAUCAUGGUUUUCAUAUUGCUAAUUGGUGUAAUCGGCUAUGUACUCUCGCAUGAGAAGCUCACUUCACCGCCGGUACGUGAAGGACGUUUCAUUGACGCUGUUACCGGAUGUGGCAUGGUUGAGGGAUUACAAGAGGAUGGCGCAUUUGCCUUCCGUGGAAUUCCCUAUGCCCUACCCCCAGUAGGUGAUCAGCGUUGGCGACCUGCUCAAUUGAUUAACGGAAUUGAUGACUGUUGGAAUGGUACUUUGAAGGCGCACAAUGUCAGCAACUACUGCACGCAGCGAUUGGGUAAUGGCACGAUUAUAGGCGAUGAAGACUGCCUAUAUUUGGAUAUCGUAACACCGCAUGUGCGUUAUAACAGUCCAGUGCCGGUAAUUGUACUAAUCGGUACAGAAACAUUGACUGGUCCUUCGCCGGGCGUGCUACGUCCAUCGGCGCGUUAUUCACGCUCGCACGAUGUAAUUUUUGUGCGUCCAAACUUCCGAUUGGGUGCGUUGGGUUUCCUCGCCUUAGAGGCGCUCACUAAAGAUGCCUAUCCACGCACUUCAGGCAACUAUGCGUUGUCCGAUAUUAUUGCCGUAUUGAAAUGGAUUCAAUUGAAUAUCGCACACUUUGGUGGCGAUCCUAAAUUAGUAACUUUACUCGGUCACCGUGCUGGCGGUACACUUGUUUCGGCUUUGGUUACCUCUAGCAAGAUAAAUGAUCUUUAUGCACGCGCUUGGGUUACUUCUUCGUCGGCCAUUUUCCCUGGAAAGUCAUUGGAAGAGUCGGAGAAACGCAAUAACCAAUUUAUGACAGCAUUGGAUUGUCAAGAUAUCAUAUGCUUACGUGCGGCAUCUACCGAACAAAUAUGGGCUGCCACACCAGAUACUUGGCUGCAUUUCCCAGUAGACAUACCUGCCAUAGAUGAGAAACCGAGUGCGCAUCAUGAAUGGCUGGUGCUGGAUGGCAAUAUACUGCAACGUCAUCCUGCCGACGCUUGGAAAGAGGAACAUAUCGGCAAACCGAAACUUGUUAUGGGCGCAACAGCGCAUGAGGCACACACUGAACAGCUGCGUCAACGACACGCCAACUGGACCGCAGAAGAGGUGCGCGCAUUCAUCACAUCAUCGAAAAUCGGUGCGCUCAAUCUAACCAACGAAGCUAUACAAAUCUACAACGCGACUAACUAUCGUAACUUGGUCACCAUGAUUACCGACAUACGUACUAUCUGCCCGUUGCUGACUAAUGCGCGCCUACAGCCCUCUGUGCCGUUCUAUGUGGUGCAACAAGGCGAGGGAGAAAAUCAAUUAGCCACCGUUGAUACAGACGUGCUCGCUAUAUUGGGACGUUAUGAGCCACAUACCGUCGAGCAGCGACGAUUUGUUUCGUCAAUGCAACAGCUGUUCUACCAUUAUAUCUCCCAAGGCACUGUGCCCCAAUACGAACCGAGUCGACGAGUACUGUACAUCGCGCAAGAUCCACUGCCACAACAGGAUCACCCGAACUGUAAUUUCUGGAUAAGUCACGAUGUGGUCCCGCGUUAUGCACGCAUCGAUUAAGCGAUUGAGGUGUCCGAAAAUAGAGACACUCAUAACGAAGGACAAAUUGUAUGGAAGAAGUGUGCGUGGCUGUGGAUUUAGAACGAAUUGGGAGCCGUGCAGAUUACAACAUAGCUGUGCAUCAAUGUUUAAUACAAUACACACAAUAUAUCCAUUCAUAAAUAUAAGAAUGUCUUUUUUAUACAAACUAAAAAUACUUGAAUGGAAAUCAACAGCUCCCAAGAAAUCCAUUGAUAAUAAAAAAAAACAACCCCCACCCCAUAAAAAUUCUCGAGGAAAUUCCAAAAAUACAGUAAAAAAAAUUAUUACAAGAUACAUUUUUUCUCUGGAGCUUUAUAUUCCGAUAAGAAAAUGUUUAAACUUGAAAAUUACUUCUUUUUAUACAAAAUUGUAUUAGUCGAAAUCAAUACAAAAAACAUGCAGAAUUAAUUUGUUUUUAUGCAUAAUUAAUAUAAAUUAUUAAUUAUUGAAACAAAAAUAAUUAGUGGCUAAGCAAUGCUAGUUUUUAUAUGUAAAUUUAAUUUAAAUAAUAAAUGAAGUAAAAGUAAGAGUUAACAAAUUAGAAUUUAUGUUUAAAUAUAAACGAAAUUAUAGUCGCAGCGAGCGCAGAUUUUGACAUCAUUGAUUCGAGUAUAUAUGGGAAAGAUCUAAGUUUAAUUUAUGAUUUCUUUUAUACACUGUAUAAGUACGUAUUUUUUAUAAUACUAGCGUAAACACAAACACAAAACAUAAGCAUACACAAAAACACUCAUAUACAUAUAAUACAAAAAUGCAAA